GUUAGUGCAGCCAUGGACCCGAGGCAACGCACUGUAUUUGUAUUGCUGAUAACUUGAAUGCCUGAAAGUCUCUUUACCUUCCACGUUGUAGAAGCUGAGUCGAUGUGUUUGCUAACGACCCGCACGUGUGUCUCUGACUGAGGCGCAGUGUUACAUAAAGAGGAAACUCCUCUUUUCCGCCGGGUCACACUUUGCGACAACACGUCAGAAGAAGUCGCCGGAGGAGAGCAGACUUAUGGCGGCCGUCGUCGUCGUCCACCGUCAACUCCAUUAGAAACUGUUUUUAUGUCACUGCAGAUCCGGUGGAGUGGUGCUAUGUCUUCGGGAAUGACUGGACAAACACCGUGCCUAAGCAGCAGAUGGGAUCAGCGGGCUCAACCUAAACAGAGUGUAGACGUGAGGCAGCAGAGGAGCAGUGAAAAUGCAGCUCACCCUGUUUCAUUAUCUGGAGUCAGCAGCACGGGAGGAUCAAAUGCAACACUUUCCCAACCACAACAAACGGGAGAAAACCCUGCGCCUCAGGGAGGGGUGGAGAUGGCUGCGGCCAUGGCUGCUAAAAUCAAUGCCAUGUUAAUGGCAAAAGGAAAGCUAUUGACUCCUCCUCCAUUACUUGCAAAGAUCACAAGUGUGCCUGUGCCAACCACCACAGAAGAGAUGGUAGUCACAGAAGUCGACAUAAAUGAUGUACCGAUAAAUUGCCGGGACCUUCUUACUAAAGGAAAAACACAAGAGGAGAUUCGACAGUGUAGUGGAGCAGUCGUCUCAACAAAAGGUCAUUUCAUGACUGAUAAUGAAAAAGGGAAUGGUGUAGGACAAAGACCUUUGUAUUUGCAUGUCCAGGGAAAGACUCAAGAUAACGUCAAUAAGGCUGUGAUAAGGAUAAAGGAGAUCAUCUCUGAGGACCUGUUGAGAGCAUCAGCAGCAUCCGGAGGACAACAGGUGCCUGUAAUGCCUCCGCUCACGCUCUACCCUCAGCCUCCUCGACCUGUCAUCCCCUCUUCUGCACAACGGAUGCCAAAUGCCAACUCAGUGCCAGGCCAGGGACAUCGGCCUUCCGCUCCUUAUUCAGGGAGUUUUGUGCAUACAAAGAUCUUUGUGGGUCUGGACCAAACAUUGCCCUCAUUUAACGUGAAUGAAAAAGUCGAGGGUCCGGGAGGUUCAUACCUGAGUCACAUCCAGACGGAGACGGGGGCUCGAGUCUUCCUUAGGGGGAAAGGUUCUGGCUACAUUGAACAAGCAUCUAAACGAGAGUCUUUUGAGCCGCUUUAUGUUUACAUCAGUCACCCAAACACACCUGGAUUGGAGGCAGCAAAGAAACUCACUGAGAGUCUGCUGGAAACUGUGAGAGAUGAACAUACCCGAAUGGUGUCGGUGUACACGGCCACAGGCUCAACACAACCAUACCCAGCACAUGGAUAUCCACCUAAUAGCAAUUACUCUAGCCAGGGGUCCUGGUAUAACUACCCAGCAAAUGGGUAUGCUGGUGGCUAUUCAGCGUAUCCAGGAGACCGUGGUUAUUGGAGUAAUGCAAAUGGUCCACCAAGUCAUUCUAACAUGUCGACAAACCCUCCAUCUUCUCAGGCAAUGGUUCAGUAUCCGGUGUGUCCUAGGAAACCACAUCCCUAUCUCGUCCAGGAUCCUGGCAGCAGUGAGACAGUGGAUGAAGGCUCUCUAAAGACCCCUCCUGACCCGGGAAGUCCCAAACGUCAAUUCCAUGAGGCGGCUAAGGAGGAGCAGCCAACCAGCCGCUCUCUAGAGGGUCCUGCUCAUCAGGAGCCUGCACUUCCUGCCUCCAGUGUUGGAGAGGAAAAAGCUGUAGAAAGAAUUCUGAUGCCGCCGCCACCACCUCUCUUUGUGGCUCCCGCCCCUGUUGCACGCAAAAGGCCGAGAGAGACAGACGAUCAAGCCGUUCUGCCCGGCAACACCGUGCCAAUGGGUGUUCAAGAGGAUGUGUGUGAGAAGAAGUCUAAAGUGGACAAAGAUGCGUCUGGGCUUGUGCCCUAUGGCGGAGACUCCUCUGACGAAGAGGAGGAGAGGACACACAGCAGUAAGACCGAUAACUCCUAACCCUUGCCCUGCCCCACCCCCACUGUCCAGGAUAAUUGCAGACAAACUCUACAGUCAGUAUGUCUCGGCAGUUCUCAAACUCGACCCCAUAAAGGGAAAAAUCCACCUUUGUGUCAUCACACACAGUUUGAAGACUACACCAGUGUUUUUUCAUAAUUUACUGACUACAACAAAUUGUGGUAUUGCUAUUUUCCUUGUAAAAUUACUUUAAUUUGCUUCCAUCCAUGCAGAAUAACAGUUGUUUGUUCUCUCUGCGUAUUAAAACCCACUUGUUUGAAGUAACUGGUCAUCGACAACCAAUGACAACGCUUCGUGAGGUUAAUGGUGUUAAUAUGGAAUUGAUUAGGAUUGGGCAAUCCCUCAGAUGAUUGAUCAGUGAGGGACGACACAAUCACUAAAAUAACUGAUGUCAAAACAGCUCUUUGUAGAUUUAUGUGGUGAUGAUGAAUUAAGUUAAUCAGUCUCCGGCCCUCACUCUGUGUUUUUCUCGCCAAUUCUCUUUCACAUAUGGAAACGCAUUGAAAACUCACUUCUACCAUGGGUCUGUGUGUUCAGACAAAAUCAGAAGCAACAUGUGCGUUUCAAACAUUGACAGAUGAGUUUCAGGCUUCAGCUGCAAAUAAUAGACCUGACGUGCAAAGACAGUUCAACUGGCCACAAUCCAACACAUGGAAAAGUGAGCACACACAGUUUUCAAAAAAAGG